UAUUGUCAAUUAACUCUGAUUGUGAAAAUCUUAGGCUACUCCGUAUUGCACACCGGGUUACAAAUCAUGGCAGCGAGUGACGACUCUUCCUUCUGUCUCUAUGGAGUGGGCGAGAAACCAGAGGCUUUGACUCUUGGCUCCUUGGUGCUGGAAAAGUAUUGGCAGCCACUGGCAGCGCGUCACUAUACUCAUGAUCUGCUCAGUGAGGAGGCUUUGCAAGAACAUACUUAUGCAAGUAACUUCGCCAAUGUGGUCUUUCGUGGUUCCUCUCGCACUUCUCCUGGGUUCGGUCUCAGCGGUGGCGAUAUAAUUGAUCUCCGUCUAGCAUAUAACAAGGAGCUCGAGCGUAUAGUUACCGCAAGGAAGGGGAGGCGGAUUAUCCUGAAAGAUCCGGAAUCCUUCCUUAUGACUUCGGUUCUCAAUACUCCACAAGCACAGCAGAAACUCAAACUUUGGCUCUCCGCAGCCCGCAGCUCCUACCUUCUCAACUUCAAAUUCGCGCGCCGCCCGAAGAUCUGGCUUCUUACCGGUCUAUAUCUCUUGGAAGGUACCCGCACGAUUGUGUCGCGGAGCCAAUCAAAUCAAGUCUCGGUAGGCAUCUCAUCUGCGGUCAUCGGGGCACUGUCGAGUGUGCCUGUGGGCGGCUCGGUGAAGCUGAGCCAGGGUACAUCUUGGGAGCUUGCCAUGGAGGUUGAAGAUGAGCACGUCUGGGCAGCUCAGUUCCGGUUGCUGGAUGCCAAGUUUAUCAAAUUGGGUAGCAUUGGUGUGGACGGGAUUACGCUGCCAAUGUCGAUGGGGCUAUAUCGAGACAUCAUGUCGGUGAACACAGUUCGUGGUGGAGGAAAAGAUGGAGUUGAAUUGCAACUCCUGGGUGAAAAAGAUGAUGAAGAUGAUGAAGAUGAGCAGGAGAAUGACUUGGGCGACGAUCAGGACAGCCAGGAGAUGGCGGAGUAUGAGAAGCGGCUGGAGGAUACCAUUCGGUUGUUCGAGAAGGCGCCGAAGCGCUUGCUGGGGUAGCUAUACUAUAUAGGUCCACGGCUAUUUUGUAUCUUUU